GCCGAGGCUCGGGCCGGUCAGUCAGGGCUGAAGGGCGAAGGGAGCACCGGAUGAAAAGAUGUUGUUUAAAGGACUGCAGAUCUCAAUGGACUGGGCCAUAAUUGUAGUUUUGCAAGUCCUGUUUCAGCCAUCUCUCUCAGCGUUGUUCACUGUGGAGGCAGAGCGAACCAUGUAUGAGUCAAAUUAUGGAGAAGAUGUUGUGAUGGGCUGCAGGUUCCAGCCUAAACUAUCAAACCUUAAUGCUGACCUGAAGGUGACCUGGCACUGGAUCAGCUCCACCUCCUUUCGGGAAGUGUACCGUAUGGAUAACUGGAAGGAGCACUUGGCGUCCCGGGAUCCGGACUAUCGGGGCAGAGUGAAGCUUCUCACUGAGGAGCUGCAUGAAGGCCGGGCCAAGUUACAGGUCUCUAGGCUCAGGAUCAAUGACUCUGGGACAUACCAGUGUUUGGUACAGACAGCAGAAGGAGUUGAUUAUAAAAUGAUUACUUUGUCCGUUGUAGCACCCUAUAAGUCAGUGACUAAACGCAUUCAUAAGGCUGCAGAGGGGGAUGAGGUGCUGCUUACCUGCCAGUCUCAGGGAUACCCCGAGUCUUCUGUUACGUGGCAGGACGGACACCUGCAAAGACUCAAUUCCACCACCACGGCUGUAUCGACUGCAGACCAGCUUUUCACAGUCACCAGUCAGAUACGCAUCAGAUCAUCAGACAGAAACAACUACACGUGUUUCUUCACAAAUGAUGGCAUUUCUGAAACAUUUCACAUUCCAGAUGGAAUUCCUGAUCCUCAUGUAAAACAUGAUGCUCUCAUCGUUGUGUUGAGCAUAGGAGUGAUAAUGUUGGUCAUCAUCAUUGCAGUGGUCAUGUACAGACGACAAAAAGGUUCCAGCACUCAUAAUACCAGGAACGUAUUGGUCGACGUUCGAGGCCUAGAAAAAGAUAAAGGCAAUGAAGAAGAGAUAAUCAUGUUUAAUGAAGUUUCCAUGGAGGAAAACCUGGGGGUGUUUCUGAAAGCCCAUUAUUGUAACUUCUCCUUCAGCCCAGAGGUGCGACACCACUGGGAUGCUUUUGUUGUGGAGGAAAUGCCUCACAGGCUGCGAAACAAUGAGGGCCACCCUGUGAAUCUUCAAGCUCUACUCCCAGAAGCAGGAGAGACACUUUUCCUUGAGGGACUACCAGGAAGCGGGAAGACAACAGUAGCCCACAUCCUGGUCUCUUCUUGGACUGAGGGGCCCACACAUGCACUCUCUAACCUCCUCGAUCUCAGCAAACUUCCACUUCUCUUCUUUGUCAACUGCAGCAAAGUGAAGGGUCACCUGAUUCAUGAAAUAACGAAUCAACUCUCUCUCCCGGUAAAGAUAGCAAUGGAGGAUAAGCUGAGGACGGUGUUAACUAGGUCCAGUGAGCCUCUGCUGCUGCUGGAUGGGUAUAGAGAAGGGAACCAAUUUUUCGAUGAGUCCUUGAGGAAGUUUCUGAUGGAAAGAGGAAGAUGCAGGGUGUUGGUCAUGGCCUGCCCGGGACACUGCCCCACACUGAAGGACACAAUUGAGACAGAAAGGGUGCUGCAGCUCCAAACAGUAUGAUAUACUGAGGGCACAAAUGUUUGUGAAUAACAAAGACAUUAAGCACAUGUUACAUAUUAUACAAACGUGUGGUUAGAUUUUGUAUGAACCCAGAUAUGCUGCAAAAUGUGUUGAUAUGUAUGCUAUAAAUACUACUUUUGCAUUCUUUACAGGGAAGCCCCGAUAGCAAUUUUGAAUAAAAAUAUCAUAUGUACCAUUCUUUUUGAA